UAACCAUCGAAAUCCUAUCAAACGGUCAGCAAACAACUGCCAAGUGCUGUGGUAAAAGUGGCAGCAUUGCAAUUCCCCCAGCUUGGAGCAAAGUCGAACAUCUGAAGAAGCAUCACGCACGCAGCCUUGCGAAGCAAACGACGGGGAGAUGGCUUCGGCGGCGGCGUGGGAGGGCCCGACGGCCGCGGAGCUGAAGGCGGCGGGGGCGGAGGCGAUCCCCGGCGGCGUGAGGGUGAAGGGGUGGGUCAUCCAGUCCCACAAGGGCCCCAUCCUCAACGCCGCCUCUCUCCAACGCUUUGAAGACAGACUUCAAACAACACAUUUACCUGAGAUGGUUUUUGGAGAGAGUUUCUUGUCCCUUGAACAUACUCAAACUGGCAUCAAAUUGCAUUUCAACGCAUUUGAUGCACUCAAGGCAUGGAAGGAAGAGGCAUUGCCACCAGUUGAGGUCCCUGCUGCAGCAAAAUGGAAGUUCAGAAGUAAGCCUUCUGAUCAAGUGAUACUUGAUUAUGACUACACAUUUACGACGCCAUACUGUGGGAGUGAUGCUGUGGUUCUGAACUCAGGCACUACACAAACAAGUUUAGAUGGAUGCAGCACUUUGUGCUGGGAGGAUACUAAUGAUUGGAUUGACCUUGUUGCCCUUUCAGCAAAAGAGCCAAUUCUUUUCUACGAUGAGGUUAUCUUGUAUGAAGAUGAGUUAGCUGACAAUGGAAUUUCAUUUCUUACAGUGCGAGUGAGGGUAAUGCCGACCGGUUGGUUUCUGCUUUUGCGUUUUUGGCUUAGGGUUGAUGGUGUACUGAUGAGAUUGAGGGACACUCGAUUACAUUGUUCUUUUGGAAAUGGUGAUGGAGCCAAACCAGUGGUACUCCGCGAAUGCUGCUGGAGGGAAGCAACAUUUGCUAGUCUGUCUGCGAAAGGAUAUCCUUCCGACUCUGCAGCAUAUGCAGACCCGAAUCUUAUUGCCCAGAAACUUCCAAUUGUGAUGCAGAAGACCCAGAAGCUGAAAAUACCCAACUGACCCAAAGGCUCCUUACUUGUGUGUACAUCAUGACACUUCUAUUGUGGCAUCUUUUGCCUGCCACAUGUUGUAGGUGCACGCUUCUGUUGCAUUAACAUGAUUGAACGUUUGAACAUCUUGUUAUAACCCAUCAUAGCCCAUGUUGCCUGGGCCAAUAAACAGAGAGAUUUCGCUU